GUGCGCGCACGAAGGUGAAUGGAUGAAAAGCAAUGAAGCAUCGUUCGUAGGCGCAUAGCGCAUACUCUAUGGCGACGGGAUAGGAACUAGCUCGGGAACUAGGGAACGCGCAAACGGCGCAAACCCGAGCGAGCAACGAAGCGCGGCGAACAGCGGCGAAUAGCCGAGUGGAUGUUCGUGGGCCAUCGUAGCCGGUAUCGAUUCACGCGGUUCUCGCCCUGGCAUUCUCGUCCGUCUGGCUGAGUCUGGCACGGCUGACGGCUGACGGCGCGUUCCCGACGUUCCCGUUCCCCCGAGCGCCCGUAACCGAGACGUGCAGCGCGCGGCCAGUGGCCACCGAACGCGCGCGGUCGCCGUUAUGACGGAUCCGCGCGUCGCCGCAUACCGUACUCGUAGGCGAUUCGGCGACUCGUGCGGCACGGCACCCACGGCACCUCGCGCGCGAACCGAAGAAACACUCCUCGUCCUCCGGCGGCGACUCGCCUCACUCGUCGAGUAAUGGCGCGGCCGGGAUGCUAACGUUGCUAACGACGAGUAGGCCAGCUGACUACCGUGCGACGGCGGACAACAUGGUAGCUCGCAGUGGCCGCGCACCGGGAGGCGAUACGUUUCCGCAUACGUGAGAGCACACGACCGGCGCGGGAGGGUGGAGGGUGGAGGGUGGAGAGGACGGUCGGGACGGGGGAGGUUUGGGCUACGAUGAGUACUGACAGUCAUGAUCAGACGAAAUCCUGCAAAACAUCCGCGAGGAGCGACGAGGAGAGCGCGUUCGAUGGUAAACGAAUUAAGAAGGAGCGCAGUGACGUUUGCGUGGAGAAUGGCGACGCCGCUACCGUUACCGCCGGCACCUCCACUUCCUCAGCCGCCGUCACCGUCGCCGCCGCCACCGCUGUUGCUGCUGCUGCUACCGCUACCACGGUCCUCGAGAAACGACACUUGUCGGCCGGCAGAUUUGCCUCCAACGGCUUCCACGGCGAUGGCGAUCAGCUGCAGGACCUCGUCGCGACCAAAUUCGCGACCUUGGCCAACCACGGCGCCUCCUCCAAGCAGGACAAAAUUCGGAUUAUGAUAGAGGAUGGCAUUAGCGAAGAAUCUAGAGCGCGUGUGGACGAGAUCUUCUCGCAGGUGGAACGACUUAAGCUAGAGGAAAAGUUAUUGUUGUACCUGAAACUUCCGUUGCUGCUGACAAACCCGAGUGGGACCGUCGAUCCGUUAAGGCAGCCGCUAAAUCCAUUAGGGAAUCGCUACGAAAUUCAUCAGACCAUCAUGUGGAUUAAGACUCAUUUAGAAGAAGACCCGGAUGUAUCUUUACCGAAGCAAGAAGUGUACGAUGAAUACAACAUGUAUUGCACAAGAAAUUCUAUGAAGCCGUUAUCGACGGCCGAUUUUGGAAAAGUCAUGAAACAAGUGUAUCCGCGAGUGCGCCCUCGUAGACUAGGCACACGAGGUAACUCUCGCUACUGUUACGCUGGUAUGCGCAAGCGAAUUAAAUUGGAUCCUCCAACACUGCCAAAGAUAUCUGGCUCUGACACUGAGGAACACUCGGAGGAAAAUACCACUGAGGAAAUGUUAGGCGCUGCAUCUACAUUGAUAAGAGAAUGGGCAGAAAAAACGUUGGGCCAGAAAUUUCCAAAUUUGAGUGCCUUAGCGCGGCAUCUUGUUGAUAAUUUUCGAGUCGAUACUCGGUCUUUGGCUGCUGUAUGCAUUCUUGCAACUUCGGACCAGCAUGAUGCUUCGUCUAAUAAAGAGGUGAUCUCGGAUCUACCGACAACGCCUGUAGGUGGUAAGCCUGCUAAGCUUCGAGAGGCACAGUUGCAAUUGCAGCGCAAGCUUCAGCAACGCGAGCAUAUAAAAGAUCAGAAGCAUCGUUGUCCCGAUACCAUUGUACAGAGCAAAGAAAAAGCCAUCGACACUAAAGGAAAUGUCAGCAAAGGAUGCAAGAAAGUUAAGUCCAAUCAGUCACCUCAAGGUACAAAUGCAGCAGCAACAACAGUGGUCGCACAAAACUCACUGGCAAAAGUGAACUUAUCCGCUAUAGUCUAUAACCGGCAAAGAAAGGUAUCGAAAACUUGCAAUCAACAGCAACAGCAGCAACAAACUUGCAAUGUCUCCCAAGAGUCUAACUGUGAUAACCUAGUGGUACAAUCGCGCGACGACAAACAGAGUAAUAGCAACCUUAGAGUAAUGAUGAGUGCGCAGCGCGAUGUCAAAGGUAAAAAUUCCAGGAAACGUGCCAAUAAUCCAAUUGUAGCACAGCAGGAGCCCAGCCCUGAAAAACAGACGAAGCUCACGGAGGAGAGUCCAGAGCAUUCCAACGCUUUGUUACCCAAGUUAGCGUCUAUCCAACGCGCCGGCAAGAUAUCAGUGAUACUAGCUAGCAAUUCAAAAUCUAUCAAGUGCAAAGCAGAGACUGUGGACAGUCAACUUGCUAAAAACUGUGAUAUUGACUCGUCGAAGAGUUGUUCCACUACCGGCAACGUGGUGGAAACGUCCUCGGGACUUCUCACGAGGGACCAGAUCCGCCUCCUGCAAGAUACGCCAGUAUUCAAGGAUGGGAAGGUUCGUGACAUCGACACGGACGCCUUGGACGAUUAUUUGAACGGCGGGAACAAUUCGCAGGAGCAGGAGGAGGAGUUGCUACAGUAUUUUCAGCAAAGUAGCUCGUCUAGUUCCGAUGUGGAAACCAGCGUCGUUGGUUCCGAUGCUGAGCAGAUCUCUCGGUCGGACAAAGUGUCGCAGCUGCGAUUGAUAUUGCAACAGAAUCUGAAAGCGCCCGUCAUCGCCGCCGAACUGACGCCCGUAGCCGUUGUUCGGCAAAACGUUGCCGAGAGCGUUGUGGAGAAACGGGACCCCGUGCAGAAACAUAAUCUCAUACUCCCGACACUUCUGAAUCACCCUAAUCCGGGCAAUACGCGACGUCGUGUCAGUUUCGAAACUAAUGUCGUCGAGCAUGUCCAAGAGCCGGCGACGCCGAGUGUAGCCAAUACUGUGCCACAGAGUCCAAAUACGCGACGCAGAAUAUUUAACUUCACCCCGAUCUCACCCGGACCGCAUUCCCCUAUUAACGGCCGCGCGUCCAAGUCGAACUCGGCGAACGCGAGUCCAUUUGUAUCUCCGCGUAACACCCCGGUGCUGAGGUCGCGCAGUAACGUUCAAGCCGGCAGUUCCAGAUCGCGCGGCCAAAAGACGCUCUCUCGUUCCAUCUCGUGCAGCGUGCCGUACACCAUCAAGACGACGGACACCUUCAUCGUACCGACGUCGAGCGGAGCGGAACACACGCGGCAAGUGCUGACAGUGGCAACGACCAAGUCGUCGGAGGUCGUUCUGAAGGGACCACCGUACACUGCGUAUCUGGACUUGACGCCUCAGAAACAAUUGUUAAUCAAUUAUCCGAGUCAAGAGAAUUUGCAAGAAAUCAAGAACGUAUAUCAGAAGGGUCAGCUACCUCCGCCCGAUCAGGAAAUCACGGAGCUGCUUCACACUGGCAGACACUUGAGCAACGAGCAAUUAUUCUACAGAUCGCAAUCGGUGCCGUUGCACAGGAUGAUAAAUCCCGUGUCGUUAAUGUCUCCGAUCGCCACGCAGCAAUGCUUAUCAUCGGUACAGAGUCAAAGCUUCAAUCCGUCGACGAGUAGUUCCGUUGCGCCUACCCCGGUGCCGAGCGAGUACAAUGACUUCGGUUCUUCCAUCGGACAAGAGGGCGCGUAUCUGUUGGACGAUACGAAUUUCAUGUCGGACGACCAGCAGUUCUUGAUGACGGAUGACAAGGGGAUCACGUCCGAGAACAUUAAUAACAUUCUCACGAUUUUAGACGAGGAAGGUCAGCCAAAUUUGCAAAUGUUGUCUGAACAGACUACGGAGGAGACGUUGAACAAUACGAUUGUUCUUGACGGUUUGCCGAACGCCAAUUUAAAUCUAUCGGAGGAGGAUAUGUUGGAUCCGUCGAGUAUCCUCGCUGACGCCGGUGGCGCGUUACAGAAAAUGAUGCAGUCGCGGUCGUAUCCGAAUACGCCGUUGCCGGCACCGGUAUCCGCGUACACGCCCUCCUAUACGGAGGACAGCAACGGCUCCAGAUCGUACCCGUCGACGCCUCUGCAUACGAUGCAAUCCCAGGAGGUGUACCAGGAUUCAGGCGAGCCGAUACUGUCCAGUCCCAUCCUUAAUUCUAUCGGUUUACAGGGCGACGCGAGAAACAUCGCUGUCGCCACCGUGACGGGUGUCACGGUCGGCACCGACGUUGACAUCGCCGUUGCCGCUUCUUCCAACAAUCUCUGCAGGAACGUCGCUGAUCUUUUGGAGGCCAGUUUUCUCGGAGAAGCCGAUACGGAGACGGACGAUCUGGAUCCUCUCGGUAAUUUUGACGGCCUGCAAGAUAUGGAUUCGUUGACGCCACUGUUCAAUGAAGUCACGGAGCCUAAUCGCUGAGACCAUCUUUUCGGUCUAUCGUAAUUUCGCAUUUGCACAGGGAGAGGUGUGAUAAAAUAUAGACUGUUUGGGUCCGGUGGUUCUCAAUCGUAUUAUCUCAUAGACCACUUUAGAGUAAAUGAGAGGCGGUUAGAAGCAAGAUAUGUAAGUGAAUUUUAAUAAGAACUAAGAUAUUAUUAUUCAACUUUAAGAUGUAGGAUAAUUCGGAAUCUUGCGUAUCUAUUAUGAUAUGAUGUAAUUCGAUCAUACAAUUUCGAUCAUACAAAAUAUUUUAAUUAUUUUUUACUACAAAUUGUGUAUAUAGAUUUCUUAUAGAAGACAUUAUUUCAGCUUAUAGUAAAUUAUAUUUUGACACGCAAUUUACUAUCCAGGCUGUAUUGACGACUGUCUAAUCUUCAUCGCAAUAAAAAGUAGUAUCGAAAUGUCUCAAGACUCUGAAAAAUUCGCGAGAUUUUUUAAAAAAAGAUACAUGUUUUUAAAUUAUUAAAGAUUAUACAUCGUUAAGUAUAUGAUAUAUAUAUCAUUAAAAAGGAAUGUUUGUUUUUUUUCUACGAGACUUUGUUUUAUUCCUCGGAAAAAUUUGUGACCCCCUUUGCAAAAUCACGUAAAUACACGUUUUAAAUGCAAAUUUGUAUUCUGGAUAUACCGAACACUUCAUACGAGAAUAUAACUUGAAAUAACUUGUACGUUUUGGUCUUUUGUGUGCAUCAAAUAUCUCUGUGAAACUAAACUUGUACAUUUUUGUGAAUUCUUAGGAUAUCGAGUUGUCAACAUUUUAUAUUCGACAUCACAACGUAUCUUUUAAUUAACGUACGUUGAUUAAAAUUUAUCAUUUUUCAUUGCAUUGCUUCAACUUGACCAUCAAACGAGUCACGUUUAACUGAUUUCUAAUUAUUAAUGGAACUUCUAGCUAUCUGAUGAUACGACAACUAGGAAAAAGCUAUAAAAAAGAAGUACCCAAAGAAUUUUUAUUCUGUAUUCCAAGAGAAAGGAGGCUGAUUGCUUUACACGACGCUUAAUUAUUUUAUAUGAUGCCUAAUUGUGCAAUCCUACAUGAGUGAGGUUCAUUAAAUGAAUUAAGUAAUGAAUAUUCGCUGUAGCUUUCAGGCGCUGGAAGGGUUGAGAACCACUCGUGCGACUUUAUCCAAAAGAACGAGAUACAAAAUGCGCCAACUAUCAGUGAUGUUCUCCUGACAAUUCUUUUGGAUUAUUACGCGAGGCGAGCGAGGACACUCGACUAAAACUAAAUUUAACCGACAUCGAAUUAAGCGAUAGUACGAGCAAAGACGUGAGUAACGAGGCCCAAUGUUCGCCGCGAGCGAUUGUGAACGACGGUUAGAAUGCGACGUAUUUACUAAACGCACAAGUAACUUUAGGUAGGGAUUAAUCUCGUUAUAAUCGUAUAAGCAGAAUCGAAUUCAUGUAGCUUAAUUCCACAUCUAAAAUCCGAAUUCAAGUAGUUGUCGAUAUUGCGUGUUUGAGAGAGAGAAAAAAAAGAGAAAAGAGAUACUCGUCCUGUUUGACAAAGAGAAGCGCUUGUUGGCGAAGAUCACCGGAGAGACCGGGCACUUGCCACGUGUGUGUGUAUGUAUUGCGAUUACAUUAGAAAUGUGUAUGGACAAUCAGUAGAUGUUAGUCACACUUGAGAAGCACCUUGAUCAGGCAUAAUACGCUUAAUUAAGUUACGAGAUUUUCCUCGGUUUCUUUUUUGCCCGAUUUCCGCUGGCAAUCUGACUGUCAGAUUAUGUCGAUUGACGUCAUUCAGCUGCAAUAAUCUAUUCUGCUGGCAAACCGCUAGCAUAUCGUUAACAUUUGCUUACUGGGUUCGGGAAACAGCUUUGUUUUGAACGACAUCGCCGCCGUCGCCGCAUCUAUAGGGUAUCUAAUAACCAUAUCACGUAUCGUAGGCAGGUAGAGCAGGUUAAACUGAAUGGAAAAGUCCUCUAUCGUUUUUCGAAAUAAUUAAUGAGAAAUUAAUUAAUAAGUGGAACGGCGCGCACCUCUAUCAGCCGCCAUGAAUCCAUGAUGUACGUGUAACGCUGGAUCAACUGAAACCUUUAUUAAUUAAACUUUCUCUCUCCACCGAGAUUGAAAUCGGUCUUGGAAUUUGCAACCAAUUACAAGUAUAAUUAUUUGUACUGUAAAAUUUAAUAGUCGCACGCAUAAUCGCGUCUAGAUUUGUAACUAUUAUAUUUACCCUGGCCGACAAUGGGUUUAGAUAUCUUCCCUUUAGGUUCCAUCCUUUUAAUUUUGGUUUUAUAUUUUAUUUAUUUGGUAAUGAAACAAAACAAUUUCAUCACUUAAACGAUGGAUUGACGUAAACUACAGAAUUAUAAGAGCCACAUCUAAGUUACACUUUCUUAAAAAUUGUUAAUGUAACUAUAGUAUUUGUAACUGUAUUAAAUUGUAUUAAGUUUUAAGUAUAUUAACGAGUUAAAUAAAUUUGUUUAAUUAUUUCAA